AUGGCGGCGCCCAUGUUGAUGUCUGCUGUCAUGUCGAGAAAAUACAUUUGCGGUGUUGUUUUAGUACAAACACUGAAAAGAAAGACAUUGAAGAUCUCUCUGAUAAAGGGAGCAGUAAGGCUGGAAAGUGUAUUUGAUUCAAUAGUUCCUCAAAAAGAAGAUGUAAAAGAUAGUACAGGUGCUAAUGAUAAUAGCCAAUCAGAAGCAAAGACACAAACUGAUGAAUCAAUCGAUGAUGAUGAUUCAACAAGUGAAGAUGGAGAAAGCAAACUUUUUUCUUUAACAAGUGUAAUCAAAACACUUCUCAAUCCAGUCAUCGGAGAGUUCCAAGUGGGAAGUGAGGAGGAGCAGGAGACAGAGAAGGUACCCGAGCCUGUGGUUAUUGAAACAGUCACUCCAAACAUCACAGCAGAAACUGCCAAUGUAACUGUCAGUGAUAACAGCACUGCCAAGAAUGAAACGGAUGGCAGUAAAAAGUACAAGUUCCAGUGCAUUGGGAGGAACAUAACCGAGAACACCACACUUGAAGUGCGACUUGUGAACAGUACCACGUUACUGGAAGUGCUCAGUUUUGACAAGAAUCGGACUACUGGUGACUGUGUUCUUGUCAUGUUUUAUGCCCCCUGGUGUCAGUUUUGUGCUAAGACAGCUCCGCACUACAACGCAUUGGCAAGAGCCUAUCCACAACUAGAGGUCUUAGCUGUAGAUGCAGUUCACUUUAGCAACCUAAAUGCCAGGUUCGGCACAGUAGCUGUCCCUAAUGUGAUGCUCUUCCACCAGUCCCGAUCUGCUGUCAGAUUCAACCACACAGAGAGAGUGUUCAAUUCAUUCAUCCAGUUCAUUAAAAAUGUCACAGGGCUGGAGCCCAACACGACUGUGAAUGUGACAGACCAGGACUUCCAGGGCCCUCUACCCAGUGUACCCACAGAGGAUCCCGACUAUCUGCUGUGGAUGGCCUGGGUGUUUGUCCUCGUCUGCAGCAGCUACAUCUUCGUCAACAGUCAUUACGGCCAGCAGUCCAUCAACAGGGUGAGGGUGCUGUGGCAGGAACAUCAGCAUAUAGAGUGAUGGACGCCAUGGAGUACAUCAGGGUUGAAUGAGACUGAUUGGCCUAUGUGGUCUACAUUGGGGUUGAAUGAGACUGAUUGGCCUAUGUGGUCUACAUUGGGGUUGAAUGAGACUGAUGGGCCUAUGUGGUCUACAUUGGGGUUGAAUGAGACUGAUGGGCCUAUGUGGUCUACAUUAGGGUUGAAUGAGACUGAUGGGCCUAUGUGAUCUACAUUGGGGUUGAAUGAGAAUGAUGGGCCUAUGUGGUCUACAUUGGGGUUGAAUGAGACUGAUGGGCCUAUGUCGUCUA